AAAUCAUGUCUGGAACUUCCUUUUUCUCCAGUCCACCACUAUACACUACUAGUACUAACACCAAGUACAGCCAUAGCCCGUCACCAGACAGACUUAAAUUCUUGAUAGACAAGUCAAAAAACAUCAGACAGCUUCUACAGAUUCAUGCAUUUCUUAUUCGCAAUGGUUUGGAGAGUGACCCAGUCUUGAGUUUUAGGCUCCAACAAUCAUACUCUUCCCUUGGACACCUCCAACAUUCUGUUACUGUUUUUAAGCGCACUCAUAGUCCAACUGUGUUCUCUUACACAGCCAUUAUCCAUAAUCAUGUGAUCAAUGAUCUCUAUGAACAAGCCUAUGUCUUAUAUAUCCAAAUGCUAACACAAAAUAUUGAGCCUAAUGCAUUUACAUUUUCUUCGAUGCUUAAAACUUGCCCACUUGAAUCAGGAAAAGCCCUUCAUUGUCAAGCCCUGAAACUCGGAUAUGAAUCUGACACAUACGUUCGAACUGCUCUUGUAGAUGUCUAUGCAAGAGGCAGUGACAUUGUGUCAGCUCGCAAACUCUUUGACACUAUGCCUGAAAGGUCCUUGGUGUCUUUAACAACAAUGAUUACUGGAUAUGCAAAGAAUGGGCAUGUCCAAAAAGCAAGAGAGUUGUUUGAUGGGAUGGAAGACAGGGAUGUUGUUUGUUGGAAUGCCAUGAUUGAUGGGUAUGGCCAACAUGGUAGACCUAGUGAAACUUUGGUUCUUUUUAGGCAGAUGUUACUGUCAAAAGUGAAACCUAAUGAAGUAACCGUGGUGGCUGCUCUUUCUGCAUGUGCGCAAAUGGGAGUACUGGAAUCAGGUCGUUGGAUUCAUGCUUAUGUGAAAAGUAACAGAAUCCAAGUAAAUAAACAUGUAGGUACUGCUUUUAUUGACAUGUAUAGCAAGUCUGGUAGUUUAGAGGAUGCAAGAAUGGUGUUUGAUCAGAUGAGAGAUAAGGAUGUCAUAACAUGGAAUUCGAUGAUUGUAGGAUAUGCGAUGCAUGGAUUUAGCCUUGAAGCUUUGCAGCUGUUCAAUGAGAUGUGUAAGUUGGGUCUCCAACCUACUGAUAUAACGUUUAUUGGCAUUUUAAGUGCUUGUGCUAAUGCCGGAUUGGUGUCUGAAGGGUGGACUUAUUUUCAGUUAAUGGAGAAGUAUUUAAUUGAGCCAAAGAUUGAGCACUAUGGUUGCAUGGUGAAUCUUCUUGGACGAGCUGGACAGCUAGAAAAAGCUUAUGAAUUUGUCAAAACUAUGAAGAUUGAUUCCGAUCCUAUUUUAUGGGGAACUCUACUGACUGCUUGUAGGAUUCAUGGGGACGUAAGGCUUGCAGAGAAAAUUAUGGAGUUCCUAGUCGAACAGGAUCUUGCUACUUCAGGUACUUAUGUUCUGCUAUCCAACAUAUAUGCUGCUGCUGGUGAUUGGGAUGGGGUGGCAAAGGUGAGGGCAUUGAUGAAAAGAAGCGGGGUUGACAAGGAACCUGGCUGUAGCUCCAUUGAGGUAAACAAUAAAGUGCACGAGUUCCUUGCGGGUGAUAUGAAGCAUCCCAAAAGCAAAGAAAUUUACAUAAUGCUGGAGGAGAUGAACAAGUGGCUCGAGGCUCAUGGGUACUUGCCGCAGACUGAAAUAGUCUUGCAUAAUCUUGGGGAAGUGGAGAAGCAGCAAGCACUUGCGGUUCAUAGUGAAAGGCUAGCCAUUGCUUAUGGACUAAUUAGUACUCAGGCAGGAACUACAAUCAAGAUUGUCAAGAAUCUACGUGUUUGUCCAGAUUGCCAUGCUGUCACAAAGCUCAUUUCAAAAAUCACAGGACGCAAAAUCAUUGUUAGGGACCGGAAUCGCUUUCAUCAUUUUAUAGACGGUUCAUGUUCUUGUGGUGAUUUCUGGUAGAACUAUUUGCACAUGUUAACAAGCAGGCAUGCAGAGUGUUCUAUAAGCAUCGCAUUGCACCAUGGUACCUGUCGUAGCUUGAUGACAUCCUCAUACGGUGUCAUACUCAACAGGAGCUUAUACAGUUGAAACUGACUACUGUUCCAACUUCCAAAGAAAGAGCCGGA